GACACAUAACGGUUUGUUUUGUCAGGAUAGGUGCACGGUACACCCUGACAAGGCAAUUUAAAGAGCCGAGUCGUCGAUCUACCGUUAUUCGCACGCCGGGCACCCCAUUGAAGCACACCGUUGUAUUCUGUAUAGGGAACCAUUUAACGGACUAACAUGUGCAAUGGAUUAUUAUAUACCUAUAUAUACGACUGACCUUAUACAGAACAUGUUCUUAUGAAGAAGUCAAGAUGAAGUUUCAUUUCAAAGUUUGACAGUCAGCAUUAAAUCAUCAGAAGGAAAAACAUAACCUCUCUCCACAUAGAAUGGAAUCCAAGCAGUCUUUCCUCGACUUUUCAUCAUUUCCAAGAGAACUCAUGGAACAGUUGCAAAAGUUCCGACAAAUUUCCGCACGGAGUCGGGAAGAUUCGGAAGUGGAACGAUGUUUUCCGGACAUCAGAUCACCAUUCAAACCAUCGGACGGGAAUUUGUUCAAAUUUCCUCGUGAUUACCGGGAAUCUAUUGACAUGGCGGCCAGAAGUUACAUUCCUUCUCCGAAAAUCAAUAAGACUUCGUGUGCUCUUUACGGAGAAAAUUCGGACUGGAUGAUGGCGGAAAGAACGAAAUCACGCACCCCGCCAUCGUCACCAUUAACUCCCUCCAGCUCUAACAGCGCCAUUAACUUCAGAUACUCUCCGUCACUGACCAACCAACAGAGGUCAGAAAGCAAAAUGGCGGAUCCGGGUCCGAACGUAGCAGGGGACGAUGAAAUUGUGUACUGUGUUCCUCGAACAAUCACGUCCGACCCUAAAUCAUCACAAAAAGACUGUUCAUCCAUAGAACUAACUCCCUCCAAACAAAGUUACGGGUCUGACGUCAUCUCACCUUUUCGGAGACCCUCUCCCAGUCCAAGUCAUUCGGAAGAGAUGUUCCGUGCUCGUCACUCGGAUACUGUGGAUAACGGGACAUUUGACGAGAGGCAGACGGAACGUGCCCGGAAGCAACUCAAUUUUGACGCAUGCUCAGUGAGCAAGAAAUCAGGCACAAUGGACGAUCUGUAUUACUCAUCCGAGAGGUCCCGAAGUCCCUGUAAACAGAGAAGGGAAGUCAAUGAAGACGACCAAGAAGAACAUACCUCACGACUCGUCCUUCAACUUCUGUCUCAGAUCAAAGGUCAAGGACGCAAGCGGAAAGCCUCGGACUGUUGCAGCUGUGAAUGCGACACAGAUUGUGACAGGGACAGUUUCAAAAGACAACGAAAUGAAUUCUUUCCCAACCAAUUUCGUCCCGAGAAUGAUUUAAAUUGGCGAAGGUUUACUGACCAACAGGACGUAGCAACGGAUAAUUGCACAUGCGCACUGAUGGAAAAGGAGUUUCUGAAGAUGGCUGAGCAUGCGUACAAGAACAUUAGGCGGCAAGAUGGUAGCGCGGAGAGUUUUGUUCGAUUUCAAAAGGAACUCUCUGAGACUAACUCGAUCAUCAAUGAGUCGCUCUCCGUCCUAAAAAACAUGAAGAAUAUUUGCGAGCACCGCCAUGUAAACAAAUUCUGACGCCUGAGUCGUCGCCAUAUUGUCCCUCGCCGUCCAGACUACCUUCAUCUUUUUUUAAGUUGACUCUAUAUUUUUAUUUAAGAGUUCAAAAUAAUGUGUUCAGCAAGGUCAGAAAUGUCAGUUGUUCAAACCAUGUUUGCAAUCUGAACCUUAUAAAUGUGUUCAUGUUUUUAAUAUAGUUUUUUAUACAGAGUUUCUAUUAUGUGCUACAAUAACUGCCUUAUGAAAAUUUUCACAAAGUGAUUUUUUUAGUGAAAAUGUACUUUCAAAAUAAGUACACGGUAUUUGUAAAUAUUUUUAUUGUCUCUCUUGUGAGAUACCGUGCUUUGUUUAUCACGGUCCUUUUUUUGUGUGUGAACCGGAAACGAGGUUCAGUGUUCAAAAAAUGGUGUUCAGAUGAUUGUACUUAAACAUUCCUAGAUACAGACGUUCAUCUUGCUGGUCAAGUCGAUUUUUUGUCACGUUAUCUACUGCUUUGGUCCACAGCUAUUUGCUGCGGUCCUGAUAUUAAGUGCGAGACCGUGCCGGAAGUCGACUGCCACAAGAUGGCGCUGUAUGGCUCUUCUAUUGGCUGUGAUAUAAAAAUGUGUACAGAACUUAGAGCAGAGAAUUUAGUCCUAACACUUUAGAACUAUCUCUACUAAAACCAGAGUAUUUAUUUUCCUUGUUUCUGAAACAAAUCAGUAGAGUUUAGAUUUUAACUUAUAUCCGAGAAAUAUAAUUCUGUCGUAUUUAUUUUUUCUAUACCUAUUUAAAGAAAUUAAUUUAUUGCUAAUUUUUAUUGAGAAAAGGUUGUCUCUCUCGCUUUUUCAUAUAUAUAUUUUGGUUAAUACCACGUGAAUUUUGAAAGAUAUAAUCUGUGAUUUGUACAUAGAUCUCCCAGUAAUUUAUUUCUUGUAUCACUUUAUCUAUUUAUUCAUCAGAGUAACCGGUUUUUAUAUCUAUUAUUUAUUGUUUUCAAACUUUUGGAGAAAAAGCCUCGAAAACUUAAUUGACUGGUUGUUCAAUGUCAACAAAACUUGAUGAUUUGUGCUGUGUAAGUCCAUUAGCUCUUAUGGGAAAUGGUGAUGUAUAACAAUGGUUUCUUAACAGGUUUUCCAUUUUGACCUUUUCUUUUUCUGUACUUGAUUGGGUUUUUUGUUUGAGUUUGCAGUGGGUUUAAUGUCUCUCUUAGCGAGUUUUUAUAUUAAUUUUUUAUCUCUGUCUCUUUAGACGCACUCCGUCCAAAUCUAUAUAUAGCCAUUACGUAAUUUACUAAAAAUAGCCGUUUGUUUAGAAACAAACGGCACACUUAGUAUUCAAUUAUUUCGCUAGGUAUAACGAGUUAUAAUUUUGAAUAUUCAUUAUCUUUAGUAUGUAGUGUAGGAUUCACGCCAGACUAAUUACACGUCUGAGCUAAAACCUUAUCAACCCGCCGUCCAAGUUUUGUGUGGUUCAUUUAUUGAUUACCUAAUAAUAAUAAUUAGCGGUAGAAUAUAUCAACUCAUCACAUUGUUCGUUGUGGAUCGCCUUGAUCUUUAACCAUAUAACCGUAUCGGUUAAAGUACAUGCAGGCGCUUUCACUUCGAACGCCUCUUUUCCCAUCACGUGACUUUCUAUACAUCACCCUUCAUCUUUAGAUUGUGAGCAAUCUAUUAUAACCCUUAUCGGAAUCCGUCCAAAUCUUCGAUAAGUUAUUUUAAUGAUAUACUUGCAUUGAAUGAAUUUAUGGAUUGUUUUUUACAUUUUAUAAUUUUGAAAAUAAAAUGAUGAACAACUAUA